AUGUCCGUCUGCCUUCACCGAAGAGAGGCGCUAUUCGUUCGUCGGGUCCGAUGCGAUGUCGGUCUGUUGCAGCAGCAGCAGCAGCAGCAGCAGCAACAGCAGGAGAGACGGCACAGGCAGCAAGCGGUGGUCUGCUCCGUCGCAGCAGCAGCAGUGGCCGCCACCGUCGUAGCCGCUUGGCCUGGUUCGGUCUCUCUGGGCUGUAAAACUUUACGAGCGUUCCUCUCAUUCCCUCCAAUAGCAUCAGCAAGAGGCAGCAGCAGCAGCAGCUCAGCAGCCCCCGUCCCUGAGCCGCUAUUCUCCCUUCCUGUUCAGAACAGCAUCAUCGCCAUCAGCAGCUCCGCCACUAAGGCCAAGAGCAGCAGCGGCAGCAUUAACAACAACGACACGGGCAGCGAGCAGCUCUGCUGUAGAUUCGCGGCUGUAGCGCACAGCGCAGAAAGAGAAAGCAAGUGA